AUGAGACAGCUGACCAAAGUAUUUAAGGUUGGGCAAGGUUCGAAUCUUCGACCUAUGGUUAAGGGUGGAGGAGUCCCUUCCACUCCACCAGUUGAUUAUGAUGUUGAUUUACUGGACAUUAAGGAUGAUAAUGAUGUGAUGUUUGUUAACUCUGCUCGUUCAAGGAAACUGGAUACCUCAUUAUAUUUGUGUGAAGAAGUCAUGAACCAAGUUGAUGUUAUUGUUUUUGCUCAGUAUAUGGUUGAUGAUUUCGUCAAAUGGAAUACUCCUAAUGAAACUUUGAUGAUUGGAAUUAUGGAGACUUGUGUUGAAGAGGUUAGUAAUUUGAAGAGAGUUAGCUCGGUGGUUUUAAACAAUAUAGAUGUUGAGGUGGGAGGUAAGCUACUACAACCUGAGAAUAUUUCGUCUGUUGAUGCUUUAUGUGAAAAUAGUAACGGUUGUUCACUGCUGUUGCUUGAUAAACUGAUUAGUUAUGUCAGUUUGAAAGCCAAGGUUAACCCUCUGAUUCGGGAUGACAUAAAUGAUGAUGCUAAUAAUCCUGUUAAUGAAGAUGGGUGUGUUGAGAAAGUGAAUCAGGGUUUGAUGGGAAUUGAUAUUGAUUGGACUGCUUAUGCUGAAGAUAAUAUUGUCUCUAAAGAGAGCUUGAGAAAUGAAUUUCUUAGUCUUAAGGGAAUAGUAUGUUCUGAUGAUGGACAAGUUCUGUUUGAAAACUUAAAUAAGAAAUGUGUAAUGUUUAGUGAUACUUUUGACGACACUGGGAGCUUGAGUAAAGUAGAUUAUCCAAUGAAUUUGGAAUUUAUGGUUAAGGAACUUUCGUCCGUUGUGGUUGAACUCGGAAAUGGAAGCGACGUUCAGUGUAAUGCUUCUAUGGGAUUUGUCUCCACUGUACAAGUUAAGCCAAGUGUUUGGGUGUAUGAUCCUGGAAUUGGAACAACCUAUUUAGCUGCAGUGAUGAAAGGAGUCAGGGGAGACAACUUUAUAGAGAUAGAAAUCUCCUUUCACAGCUGGUUAGCUCAUGAUGGUGAGGAAGUUGAUAUAAAAACCUUUUGGUCCAAGAAACUUCGUGUGCAAUGGCGUAAAAUGAAGGUUUCCAGUGUUAGUGGCUUCAUCUUCAUCAUUAAGAACGUGGAAAUUCUACUCCAGGAUGCUGAAGAUCUCAUGAUUCUCAAAAAAGUUUAUGAGGAGUCCCUGCAAUGUAGUGAUGAUGAAUAUUUGGGAUUAGGAGUUAUGUGUUGGAAGAUGAGAUCAUUGAAGUUAGGUCUAAAUGAUUCUGAGGAUAUUGCUGUCAUUUCUAAAUGUGAGCUGUCUGUUGCUAUGGGGUUUGAUUUUUCCAAAGUGAAGCUGAUUAUCAAGCAUGGCUUUGAAUUCAGAAUUUGCAAUUCCUCUUUUGAAGUAGAAGACAUGAAAAAUGUGGCACUGUUGUAUUACAGUACUCUUCUUGAACUGGAAUUGUGCAAGAUCAGGAUGGAUCUAGAGCCACUGAAGGUAGCUCUACGAAACUAUGAAAUCAAUUUGGAGUUUCAACUGCAUUAUAGGCAAUGGCUUGCAUUUCUUUGCUUGUUUUCUUGCCUCGAGGGCAAGGCUUUCGGAAGGGGAAAAGUGUGGCUUUGCUGGCUUGGAUUGAAACAGAAGCUUGGUAACAUUAACAUCACAUCUGCAACUAUUUUGGUGCAUCAUUUUCUUCAUAAGACAGAAAGCCAACUUGAUGUUCUUGACAUGAGGUUACCUACAAAACGAUGCACCUGUUUUUGGGUGGAAACUUCCAGAGAGUAUACGGAUUGCCUUACAAAAUUCAAGUUUGUUUUUCAGCCUGCAAUUGAAGAUUUAGGGCUGCUUAAUUGCCUUUUGGAAUUGUUGGCAGUACUUCAACAUUUGUGGAAUUCUCUGAUGGGAUUGCUAGUUGUAGCUUCUUACAAACAGAAUUUUCCCAAGAAAUGCGAACAAGUUUCCAUUAAAGAAAUCUUAACUUCAGAAACAGCAAGCUGGUCUUUUGUCCUGGGAAAACAGAAUGAGGCUAUUACACCUUAUCAAAUGGCUUUGAGUGUAGAUGAUGCGAGUUCUCAGUGCACCAGUCUGGCAUUCCAUGACAAGGCUACUUGGAUGGUAAUUUCUGCAUUACUGAAUCAUGCAAAUUUUUGCUCACUGGAAGGGAAAAGCUUAAUGACUCACAUCAAGGAAACUCAUACAACAUGGAAUGAAGUUGUAACAUCGUUAUGCCUUGUUUACACAAAAACAAAAAAAAAAACUUUGCACUCUUCUUCAUCUCGUUUAGAGUGCUACAACUACUCUCUUUCCAGUAGAAUUUCCAGUUUAUAG